AUGGUCGCACGCUCUGAUUCAUGGAAGGCUUUGCAGCGUGAAAAGAGACGGCAGGCUGAAUGCAAGCUUCGUCAACAGAGGGGAUAUGAUGCAAAUGCCCAUGAACAGGAAGAUGCUGAACGAAGUAGGGGUAGAGCAUCAGGGGAGACGAAAAACAGAUAUCGAGAACGAGUGCGUAAGUACGAGGAGUAUCUUAUCCAGCAAAAGAAGGUGCCUGAAGGAUAUGAAGUUGGGGAUGGGCACCCAGCUCCUACAAUACAAGAGCUCAAACAGUUUUUCCGCUGGCUCAUUCAAGGUACGCAAGGCAGACUUGCUCCUGAUGGAAUACCGACCAGGGACACUGUUUUGAACCGGGCUCAAGAAUUCGUCCCGGGCUUCUACAUUGUGACCGGAAAUGAGAUUGCUCGUAAUGAUCGAGACGAACUCUACCGAUGGAUUGACCGUGACUUGGUUGAAAAAAAAUUCCUGUCAACGAUCACAAAGCCAAAGUACAAUUUCCAGCUGAGGGAUUUCGAGCGCGCCAUCGUUGUUCUCUGGACUAUUGAUGACCCCUUUUUUAUAUCGGGGCGGUAUCGCGUUGAGUUUCAUUUUAUUACUCUCCAGUUUUUAUGCACAGGUUCUCGGGUGUCCUCUUUCACACCUGCAUCCACAAAAAAAAAGGAUGAUGGACGAGGGCUCCGUUACAAAGUAAGGGCUCUAUCAUGCCUUAAUAUUACUAGGUUCGGCACUGCCAUUUGGGACUGUGAUGAACCCAUCUAUUCAGGGGCACUGUAUCUCCUAGCUCUUGCCCUUGCCGAUGAUGCUCUCUAUGGGUUUUCAUCUCCUGAAGAAGUCUUUGAGCAAAGGAUACCGGAGGGGGAGGACGAGCUGGUUCUCAGAUGGAACAAAGAAGCUGAAGAUCGAUGCAUUAUUAGAGGCGCCACGGCAGGCGGGGUCAGUGAAGACCCGUUAACGAAAGAAAAGUAUCAAAAAGAUUUUAGGAAAAUCCUCGCAAAUGCCGGUUAUUUUGUGACUGCCACGGUUCAUGCAAUGCGUCGCGCAUUGGGGAAGGCUGUUAGGAACAAGUACUCCUCCGCUCAUGUCGCCCAGAUCCUGACACACCAGUCUAAGUCUGUUUAUGGAAAUGACUAUCUCGCCAGCUGUUCUGGUGUGGAUGUGUUCAAUGCUUUGAGAGGUAGACUCGCCGACCACACUCACAUUGAAUAUUUUCAGGGCUACGGCCAAUUUCAUGAACAUGGCCUCCCACGCCAGCUGCCUAUAGAAGAGGAACAGAAGAUCAAUGCGGACCCGCAUCUGGUCGCCAAAGCAACGGAAAUUCAGAAUGCUAAGUAUGACGAGGAUACUAAACGCCUGAAGUACGAGUACAACGUCCUCAAGAGAAAGAUCUAUGCCAAGGCGCUUCAGCGGUAUCAAACGGAAUGGGUCCGGAGUCAACGUGACUGGAAAAUUUUGACGCGAGGCCGAGAACGCCCAGAACAUACUCAGCAAACUGCGGAGAAGCAAGCUCAAUGCAAUCUCAUGCCUGAAUUAGGCCGCUUGGCGGCCGUUAUGUCGUCAAAGGAGUCUCUUUCGUUUGAUGAAAAGGUCGUUGUGGUGAAAGAUUUAUACACUCAAUGCCUCCGCGACUUUGACGUGGUGUACCGUCCGGGAGAGGAGCCCGUCGAGGGCCGAUGCCCGGUGAAAAGUUGUGGUAAAUAUCUGGAGACGCUUCAAAAGGCCGAGAGGAGCAACCACAUCCAUAGUUGUGUUCGAGGAGAAGUGUCUCGUACUAAGCAAAUUCCUCCCAAUCACGUCAAGUAUUGUUGGGAGUGCUUCGCCUUCUAUAAUGGGAGGAGCCCUGAGUUCGAAGAGCAUUGUGCGAGCCAUCUCCCCUCAAUGACUAGUCAGCAUUACGAAGUGAUAGUGUAUCGCAAUACUAUCAUCCGUGCCGGAUAUUGUAUUGACUGCAUGUGGGAUAACGGAAAAAGCGCUGCCCGCAGGAUGACAGCGUUUGAUAGAAGCACAAACCUGAGGAAGCACCUGGAUGAUCAUAUCAACGAAAAGUCGUGGCCGUCAAAGUGCUCUGACCCUCUUUGUAGCCACGUCUCUACUGAUGAGCAGCAUUACCGGCGACACCUGCGUGACGUACACCAUUAUAACAAAGCAAUUUGCGUGCCAUCUGAGAAGACUCUGAAGAAGCGAUCUUCUUCUGAAAUUGACGAGGAAUCUGUCGUGGACGGGAACUCACCAAAGCAGCGCAGACGUCCUUGGAAGCAACAGAAGAAUUCUUCGUCGCUCUCACAUACUAAUAGAAAGGACCUGAAAAUAAUUCUAUGGGAACCGCCCACAAAACAAUCCCUGGCCAUGCUCCCUCCCUCCGCCGAGGCAGAGCAUGAAAGUGAAGAGUGCCCCAAGGAUCUGGACUCUCAAGCGGUCACUCACUUCGAGUACUUUAAUAAAACGCUUUGUAGAAGUCCAGAUGAUGACAGUAUCCACUCGGCCUUAACUGAGGUUAUGGAUGUCACUGAUAGUCCUUGCCCCGCAGCAAUCAGUUCUGUUCCCAGCGCUACCGUAAUCGACCCGCGGAUCCUGGAUAUAUCUACCACUAACUUAGUCUGGCCAGAAGACAAGCACCAACACCUCGAUGAGUGUGACCUCAGAGAACAGUUGACAAGCAGCUCUUUGGCAGAGAGGCGCGGGAUCGAUUCGCCAUCUUAA